AUGACGAAGUUUUUUGUACCGAUAAGGGUUUUGAGUGAGGGAAAUGGCCGCCACCAAUGGUGGAGGGUUAGUGGUUGUGGAUAUGGUCAAAAUAGGGCUAUUGGCGAUGGUGAAAGUGGAGAGGUGGUUAGUCGGUUAGAGGUUUUAUGUGAGAGAGAGCAAUUGGUUUCUAAGGGAUGUCUUUAA